AGGGUACUUAGAAAUCUGAACUAACUACCUCCCUAUUCACAAAACUACGAUCGCCCCCGCACGACUUUUGUCGCGUAUCUUACCCCUGCAAGCCUGUCGCAAUUUCUGAAUCGAGUUCAGAAUAAACCUCCACGGGACCCCUACACUACGCACCCUAAGGACAACAUCAUGUUCGGGGGGAAGAAGAGUGGCAAGGCCGACUACUACGGCGACUCCUACAAUUGGAAGGGCGCGAGCCCCGGUAUGGGCAUGUCCUCCAAAGCCGGCAAGAGCAGUUCUGCGUACGGAAAUAAAGGUGCGCAGCCGGCUGCGGCCUACGGCCAGGAUCAUUAUUACGAUGAUGGAUACGACUACGACUCGUACGACGGUGGCCACGAAGAUAAUCAUGCGUACCACGGGAAGGGCGGGCAGGGCAACCCACACUACAUGCAGGAGGGGGAAGCGAUCGAGAUGGAGGAUUAUGGCGAAGAAGAGGGUGGGGAAGAGGACUACGGUGAGGAAGAGCACAACUACGAAGAAGAGGACGCUGGCAGCACUUUCAGCGACCUGGCUCCGCCGACCGCGGGGAAGAAGGGAAAGGGCAAACACAGCAGCGCCGCCGCGGCUUACUAUGGCGGCGAGGGCGAAGCGGCGCCCGAGGCCGGGGGUGAAGCGGGUUACGACGAGGGUGAAGAGGGUUACGACGAAGGCGAUUACGGUUACGAAGACGCAAACGGAGGCUACGGCGCGCCGAAGCCAGUCGCCGCGCCGAAGCCAGUCGCGCCCUCCGGUUUGGAAAAGGACAAGGUGCGUUGGGCGUGCUGCUGCAAUUCCCUAAAUGUGUUUUCGCCCGACUGCUGCGGCUUUGAUGUUGACGAAGAGUGGGGAGAAACCACGGAGACCUACUACGACUUGGACCAAGGCUGUUUUCUCGAUUGCUGUCUGUCGCUGCCGUGCUGUUGCCCCUGUCUGUUGAUCUUUCAAACCGCAAAAUUGCCGUACGGGGACGGGGAGGAAACAUCCUGCACGGACGAUUUGCAGUCGAUGUGCAAAACCAUGACGAGCGGCCCAGAGAGCGUUCUCGGCUACCAGUUUCCCGACUACAGCGUCGCCCUGAUCCGGGCGCUGGUGUUUUUUUGGGUGUGGUCGAUCGUGGUGGUUAUACUGCAUGCGGUACUCACCGGGACGGACGCCGUCUUGCUGCAAGCCGUAGUGUACCCCAUCGACUACAUUAUGGCUGUGCUGAUCGCGGUGCUUUUUUGCUACUGGAAGUACAACCUCCCCUCGGAUGUGCCGACGCUGCAAAAGUCGGACUGGCAGACUUGCUGCAUCGACUGGGGGUUUAUUGGGAGCCACUGCUUCUGCUGCCAUAUGCCCAUGGUGAAGCGCACCGUGCACAAGGCCGUGGACCGACAGUACGCCGGCGACGGCGGGUCGGCGAAGCCAAAGAAGGGCGGAGCCCCGAAGGGAGCGGGAAAGUCGAAGGGCAAGGGUACCAUAUGUAAAAACGUCCUCACCUCCCCAUAGUCAAGUUGGGAACUUAGCAAGACCAAUCCAGAAGUUUUGGAAGCCACGCAUGACAAGUUGCAGGUCGUAGUGUAGUGCAUGUUAGGAAGGACAACCGCAUCACAAAUCCACCUUCUUAUCCUGUUCACAGCAUUACAAAUUUCAAAACACGAUUGGGAAUGCCUGUCAUGGAGAUGCGCAUCACAAAUCUUCCUGUAAUCGCACAUCUGCAUGACAACUUUGGGGUGGGGACGUUUUUCCACAGGAUAGAGGGCGGCUCCUCGUCCGGCAAGGGUUCGAAAGGAAAGUCGAUGGUCGGCAAGCCGGUGGCAGCACGGUACGAGGAGGAGUGGUAAGCGUUGCAGAUUGGAGUUUGGUAUUAUAACGUCUUUUCAAGUUUCGAUGAAAGUGUCCCAACGACGGGCUUUCGUUGACAAAUCUUUUAGAAAGUCAAGCUGCAAUCAUGAUAGGCGCACGCACGUGCCGUCGCUCUUGUCUAUCAGCAGUUAUUUCAGCUCAUCAAUUUGUUGCCUUUGUUCUUUUGUGAGUAGCGUUUUUAACAUUUCAAUCAGAUUUUUCUAUGCGCUUAUUGUUUGCACUCUUUCUCAAGUUCCUUAGCUGAAGUUCUUUGACUCCCCAACGCAAAAGGACUAAUUUUUUCCCUACUGCCACUAACUUUUAAAAAACCUUGCCCCAGCUGCAUGCAAUUCUGCACGAUGCAUCAGCAUCAGGAUCCCUGGUGUGCGUUCUUUCUAGACAUGUUGAGUCCGAUCGUCAUCAUUGCUCAAAGAUAAACCCCCUGUUUCUUUUUUACAUUUACACUAAGCAGAAAAUCAAA